AUGAUUGAUGAAGCAAUUACAUCAAUAAGCCUUGUGAAAUACGAGGCUUCUCCUGCCGAGCAAUAUUACAGAAAGCUCGUGUAUCUGAUCUCAAACAAAAUGAUCAAAUGGGAUAAUGUGAAUGGAGCGGCUAUUUACAUGCAAAUCAAAGGAUUUAUUCAUCCCACUAUUUUGGAAUUCAUGUUUUCUUUGCAAAGUCCGACGGUAGAAGCGUUCGCUGAGCAGAUGUUCCCAUUUGCCGUCGAGACUGGAGAUGCGGCAACGGUGGAAUUUCUUCUCCAGAAGCUCCGUAUCAGCCCAAAUAUCCCUAUCCUGUUAUCUGGAAAAUUGAAAUCACCACUGGAGCUAGCAUGUCGGCAGAGAAAUUUGCAGCUUGUGAGAGCUUUGUUGGAUGCUGGCGCAAAUGUCAAUGAAGCUGGUGUUUGGGCUUCUGCUUCAGAAUCGGAUUGCACAUCUGAGGAUGACGAGGACCUAUUCAGGAUUCUCAUCCGAGCUGGAUUCGAUAUAAAUCCCAAAUAUGGCAAGCCUCCACUAUGCUUAGCCGCGGAUAAAGCGGAUACCAUUGCAGUGUCAACACUUCUUGAUAACGGUGCUAACGUAAACCCUCUGAAUUACAGUCCAUUGGGCUACGCACUGCAAUCCACAGUCUUAGAUGAUGGCAAUAUGAUUAAAGUCAUUCAACUGCUUCUAGAGCAUGGUGCAGAUGUCCAUGCUUCGAUUCCCGAUGUGGAUCCUUCGGAAGAUGGAUCCGAAUCUUCUGAUGUUGAAGAUAAUUACGGAUCCGAAUUUUCUGAUGUUGAAGAUAAUUACGGAUCCGAUUCCAUCAUGGAAACUGCUGUCAUGAUGGAAAGAUCCCCAGAGAUAAUAAAGCUCCUCAUCAAGCACAAUGCUCGUAUUUCUCCAAGAGCCGUCUAUGAAGCAUCUGCAAAUGGCGAUGUGGAAUUGACUAGAACUUUGCUCGAUCAGAAAGUAGCGAUUCCCAAAUACUCGGAUAAGCUUUCCCCCGAAAUGGCCAAGUUAAUUUUGGAAUAUGAGUCAAGCAAAAGUGAGAAAACAUUCAAGUUCGCUGCUCGGACUAAGGAUUUCGACCUUGUCAUGUCAUUCCUAGCAGCCGGUGUAUCUCUCAACUUAUCAUCCUUUGAGAUCCUUGCAGAAUGGGUUGAAUCCAGCAGAAUAAUGGUGCUGUUGAAAAAAGUCCCAGCGCUUCAAAAAGCAGAGUGUUAUGUUGUUGCCAUGAGAAGAGCUUUUCUCGGGAAAGACUUCCUGUUACUUGAUGAUCUACAAUCAUCUGAAGUAGCAUUUCCUAAGCUCAGCAGGCAUUCUCCACUCUCAUUCAGCCUCAUGAUGGCUAUCCAUGACGCUGCUAGUGAAAAUGAUUUGCGUUUUAUUAAAGACUGA